CAAACAGCAUCCAAACACACACACACACACACACACAGAAAGCUUGCCUUUUCUAAAAAAAAAGAAAAUUCUUAUUUUUGUUUCCUUCUCGGUGUCAAAAAGAUGGCAACCGAGGGGCUGCAGGAGAACGAAACCGUGUCGUCGCUGAGGGACGAGGCAGAGACGCUGAAGGGGAAACUGGAGGAGGAGAGGGCGAAGCUUCAUGAUGUGGAGCUUCACCAGGUGGCUGAGCGAACAGAGGCACUCGGACAGUUCGUGAUGAAGACAAGACGGACCCUAAAAGGCCAUGGAAAUAAAGUGCUGUGCAUGGACUGGUGCCGGGACAAGAGAAGAAUUGUCAGUUCCUCCCAGGAUGGAAAGGUUAUUGUGUGGGAUGCUUUCACAACCAACAAGGAACAUGCAGUGACCAUGCCCUGUACCUGGGUGAUGGCUUGUGCUUAUGCCCCAUCAGGCUGUGCUGUUGCAUGUGGUGGCUUGGACAACAAGUGCUCCGUAUACCCUCUGACUUUUGAUAAAAAUGAGAGUAUGGCGGCUAAGAAGAAAUCUGUUGCGAUGCACACAAACUACUUGUCUGCCUGUAGCUUCACUAAUUCAGACAUGCAGAUUCUGACAUCGAGUGGUGAUGGAACCUGUGCACUUUGGGACGUUGAGAGUGGGCAAUUGCUUCAGAGCUUUCAUGGGCAUGGCGCGGAUGUCCUUUGCCUUGACUUGGCCCCAUCUGAGACUGGCCAUACAUUUGUGUCAGGGGGCUGUGAUAAGAAAGCAAUGAUUUGGGACAUGCGCUCCGGUCAGUGUAUCCAGUCCUUUGAGACACAUGAAUCUGAUAUAAACAGUGUUAGAUACUUCCCCAGUGGUGAUGCUUUUGCUUCUGGUUCAGAUGAUGCCACGUGUCGUCUGUAUGAUCUCCGUGCUGACAGAGAAGUAGCUGUCUAUUCAAAGGAUAGUAUCAUCUUUGGUGCCUCCAGUGUGGACUUUUCACUCAGUGGUCGCCUCUUGUUCGCUGGUUACAACGAUUACACCAUCAAUGUGUGGGAUGUAUUGAAAGGAACACGAGUGUCAAUCCUGUUUGGACAUGAGAACCGGGUCAGCACUUUGCGGGUUUCCCCUGAUGGUACUGCUUUCUGCUCAGGAUCGUGGGAUCAUACACUCAGGAUUUGGGCUUAAAGUUUCUUGAACUUGAUCACCCAAUCUUCAAUGAAGAUCCCACUCUAGGAUUUCUUGGUGUUAUUAAUUUGAUGGCUUGACUCCUAGAUCUUGUCUGUUUUAGGAAAUGUGAAAAUAUUUUGGUUUGCGACAAAUAACCAAGUCUGUAAUGACAAUCUAAUUAGUUAAGAAUUCUAAUAGGAGAGUAGAGAAUUAUAAUUUUGGUACCACCAUUCAAUUCAAUUUACAGCAAACAAAAUGUUUAGAAAUAGUUGCUGCCUUUUCCAAAUGCCAUUCACUAAUAAGUUCCCCCACUUUCUAAUAAUGUUUCCGUUUGUAAAUUUUUCUUUAAUUUGCACAUUUCAAAACUUUCAUGCUUCCAUGCGGGGCGGGGGAGUUCAAAACUAAGGGGCAUAUUUUUAAAAUGAGACGAGAAGGAUUGAAAGGGACCUGAGGGGCAACUUUUUCACUCAGAGGGUGGUUCAUACGUAAAAUGAACUAUCAGAAGAAAUGGUAGAUGCAAAUACAGUUACAACAUUUAAAAGACAUUUGGAUGGGUACAUGAAUAGGAAAGGUUUGGAGGAAUAUGGGCCAAAUGUGGGCAAGCAGGUUAGUUUGGGAAACUUGGUCAACACGGACGAGUUGGACCGAAGGUUUGUUUCCAUGAUGUAUGACUAUUUGAUUCUUAUUCUGUUUGAGAAAAGUUAUGUUUCAACAAAACCUCCGAAUCAGAAUGAUUGAUUAAUUGUAUUUUUGUUUUGUGGUUUUCUUUGGUCAAAUUGGUGAUUGCACUGGGCGGAGAGGCUCUCUAAAGAGUUGUUACAAAGCAUUGUUUAUGUUCUAUGUUUAAAAAGAACUAUAUGUGAAAAUCUAUGGUGUGAUGGUGUAUGAACUAGAUAAUGAACAGUGUAGAGAAUCUAUUUAAGCUAGUUAAUAUGUAUGUAAUAUAUACACUGCAAUUUGGAUUGUGCUGAAUAGGUACACUACUUAUGGGUGGCAAAGUUCCCUUUUGUUUAAAGUUCAGCAUGCCCAUUUUGACCACAUAAUUUAUGAGUUUUUUUUACAGAAUUGUAAAAUAAUAUUUAAUAGCAGAUGUCAAAUCUGGAAUAGGUCUAUAGACAAUGACUAUUUGAAAACUUUACAUAUUGCAGCAGGAGUAAUCUAAACAUAAGAUGUUUGAAGUCGUAACUUGUAAAAUGCAAUUAAUGUAAUCCAAUGCAGUAGAUUCAAAUGCACUGUGAACUUUUAAAGAUUUCAAUUCACUUGGUGAGAAGUGCAAUACUAUAUUACAAUAAUACUGAAAUCUAGGCAAAAAAGUAAGGCUUUCUGACUCUUUGUAGAGUCCUUGUUAAAGCAUUUCUUUUCUGUAGGACCAGUGCACAGUUUUGGUUUUGUUUACUGUACUUGUUUUGUGUAUAUUUAAAUAGUUCUUUUGGUGAAAAUUUGUGUAAAUCUUUUGAAAUGUACCAAAAGUUAAUAAAUGGCACAUAUAAUAUUUUAAAUAAUGUCAAAUGUUUUGAGUUUUACACUUCAGAUGCCAAAUGAUUAUUUUAAAUAGGGAAGAGGGUGUGAUUCCAUAUAAUUCGAUUUUUAAACUAUUUAAAACGAAUGGGGUGAUAAUUUUUUAAACAGCCAGGAAUUUCAUUCCAGGAGAAGGGUUGAUCUGAGAUAAAAAGGAGUUGUAUUCACCAGCAAAGGUUAUCAUUAACUCUGGCGGGUCCCUGCUUCUGAAAGCCACUGUGAUAUGAAUUAUGCUGAAUAAAUAGGCCAGCCAGUGAAAAAUGUUUGAAGGAAAAUUAGACCUUUUCUGCAACAAAGAAUAUACUGUGAAACAAAAUGGGGGGAAAAAAACUUUAUUUCAUAAAUUUUCUUAACUUAGUAAUCUAUUAUGUUUAAAAAGACAUAUAUUUCAAGCAUGCAAUGUCUGUUAAUGGGUUUGACACCUUCUGACUAGUGGGUGCCAAAGGGACUGGAAGAUUAUGGGAUUCAACGGAAUAAUAUUAAUUAGUUCAAUGUUUCCUUCUGGUGUCAUUUUUGUAUUGAUGUGCCCCUCAAAAGAACAGGUGUAUUUGUUAUAUUUUGUUUAAUGAUACUGUAGAGGCCUAACGUCUCCUGAGAUUUAUACAUAAAGGCAGACUAGAUCCUUCAGCUAAAAUGUACUGAAACAGACAUGUUUGAUAAGUGAUCCCUUUCUCUCUUAUGAGUCUCAACCCUUCCAUUCUAAUAUUUAUUGCAGUUUGCUCUUUAAUGAAUAUUUAUAAUGUUAGUGCUACCUUUGAAUCUAUGUAAAUUUGAACUUUGCUUUCUUGACUCUUAUGAUCUUUAAAUAUGCCUCUACAUCCUGUCCCUCAGUUGUCUGCAAACAUUUUAAUGAAAUCAUUAUUCAAUCUCCUGCCUAAACCUGUUCUUUCCCAGGCAUCAGACUGUAGAACGCCUUAGCUCCAUUAAUGGUUCUAAACCUAAAUUUUGUACCAGCUAUUCAUUAUUU